GGCUCACUUUCAUACAGAAGCAAACUCAGCUUGUGUUAUGACAGGGGCUGCACAGUGGCAUUUACCAAACAGCCGUGGCAUGCCACUCUCGCCAACAUCUCCUCCCUGCCUGCACAGGAGACCAACGACCACAGCUCAGAGAAGGCCGAAGCCGUCUGUGUGCCAGACGCUCCCUCAAAUCCACUGAAACUGAAAGGAAUCACAAGGAAAUCUUGGACCUCUUAAAAUGGCAGAGAACGGGGUCAAAGGAAAGCCACCGUACUCGGUUGAGACACCCUAUGGCUUCCAAAUCGAUCUGGACUUCCUGAAAUACGUGGAGGAUAUCGAGAAAGGGAACACCAUCAAGCGUGUUCCGAUUCAGCGCAGAAGUAAGGGACCUCGAGCGAGUACUCUGCCCAGAAACCUUAACCCUUCUGGAUGCGGCUACCGUCCGAGUCCCUGGGGAUCCACUGGGGCUCUUGGCCCUCGAUCACCACCGUCAGAUACCCAUCAUCACGGCUAUUCCCUGUGGGCGCACAGUCACAGGCCGCCUUUAUUUCCCACAGAUCCCAGGUCUCUGGCAGAACUAGAGGCAAAAAUCAAGGAGUUUGAUGAACAGCCUUUGGGAGAGCACAUCAGACCUCACCUCCUCCGAGCCUCUAGUCUGCCGCUGACGGUUUUGCUAAGGCAAGAAUCAGAGUGCGCUGAUGAUCGAAGCAGCAUUUGGAGCUCAAGAGAGUACCUGAGAGCAGGAAACACCUCGUGUGAAGAUGUCUUCAAUCCUCCAGACAGCCCGCAGCCCCAGGACUGCUCAGGGCUGUUGAGGCGGCUGUCUGAAGCUUUGGAGCGGGUUGGGGAGCUGGAGAUGGAAGUGAGGGUCAUUCCUGAACUCAGAGCACAGAUCUGCAUCCUUCAGGAAGAACGAGAAAGGCUUCGUCUGGGCCUGGUCCCGCAUCUUAUAUCCUCUACAGAGAAUGGAACCACAAAACGCUUUGCGUUGACUCACCGCAGCAUAGUGGACAUGAAAAGACCCAUCAAGGUCAGGAACAGCACCUCAGAUGACAAUACCCAGCCGAUGCACGAGUGGAAGUCAAGUACAGACCUGGAUGAGCUGCUGACGGUGACGUCCCUGCAGGCCAAAGUAGCUGCACUGGAGCAGAAGCUCCAUGAGACUAGCCUGGAGCUGCAGAAGGUGACAGGGCUUUUGAGGGAGCAGCAGGCAGAGAGUGGAACCAAAGACAAAAAGAUAGAGAACCUCAUCAACAACCCUGGGAUGUGGGUCUGUGCCGAACGAGUGAUGGUGGAGCAGGAUGGAGACGAGACAGUGGUGAGAUCUAUGGAACCAGAUUAUAGUAAAGGAUGCUCAUUGGCUCUAAGACACCCCCCACAGAAAAUGAGUUCUAGAGGAGGCGUGGAACCCGCUGAUGGUACAGCUGACAGCAUGAGCACAGCAGCAGUGCUCCAUCACAUCAGGAGGAUCAAGAAUCUUCUGGAUCAGCAAUGGGAGUGUGUUUGUGCAGAAGGGAAACCAGGAGAUAAGGGACGAGCUUUAAAGCACUUAGAUCCAAAAGUCAACUCCCUGCAGGAGGAGAUGAUGGAACUUGUGGACAUUCUUCUGUCACACUAUCAACAGAAUGGUGAUGCCUCAAAAUCCACCAUAAAGACAGACACAUGUGCUCAGAAGUCAGAAACCCUGCGCUCUGAGGUGCCUAAUGAAAGAUUGACUGCUAAAGGAAAUCUCUCAGAUUCAGACUGUAAGAUCCAAAGUCUUCAUGCCAGAAGAGUGGAUGCGGCUCAAACAGACGCCAAGUCUGUGCAGACAGGAAUGGCGGCAAAGCAACAGCCAGAGAAGCCCGUCACGCCUGUAGAGAGGAAAGAUGGUCAAAGAGAUGGAGGUGCAGUAACAGCAGGAGCUGACGGCAAAGAAAAAAAACCUCCAAGACAACAGAAGGAGGGGAACUCGGGCUCAGGAGCCAGAGCUAGGGAGGCCAACGAUGCAGACUUUGUGUCGGCAUGUCAUUUUGUCAAAGCGCACAUGGGCAACAUGGAUAACCCUAGUGAAGACAUGAGGAAAGCUCUGGUCACUUUAUUUCAGCACUGGUUCACCACCGCAGCAGAGGAGGCCUCUGAGGCUUGCAAUGUGGCCGCAUGCGUAAGAGGAGUGAAGAAAGAAACGCCGUCCCUCCUGGCCUUCCUGGUUAACCUUCCGGAUGACAAUGGCAACACGGUGCUGCACUACAGCGUAUCUCACUGCAACUACAGCAUUGUCAGCCUGCUGCUGGACACAGGCGUGGCGGACGUGAACGUUCAGAACAAAGCCGGUUACACAGCAGUCAUGUUGGCCUCUCUGACUGCUCCCGAUGGACCUGAUGGAAUGGAAACAGUCCGGAAGCUGAUGGAGUUGGGAAAUCUCAACGUUCGUUCCAGUCAGACAGGUCAAACAGCUCUACAUUUGGCGGUCAGACACGGUCGAGACAUCAUGGUCCGCCUGCUGUUGAGCUGCGGCGCCGACACCAACAUCCAGGACAAUCAGGGAACAACGGCGCUCAUGUUUGCAGCUGAGAAGGGUCACACACACGUAGCGAGAUUACUUUUAGAAAGAAGCCAGAGCGACCUGACACUUACUGACAAGCGGGGGCGAACUGCACUCUCCAUCGCCUUGCAAGGCUCCCACUCGGACACAGCGGCCCUGCUCCAGGCCCAUGCUAAAGCUCGAGCUCUAUAAAAGAGGAAGAUCUGCGGACAAAUGUACUUUUUUCUGUCUGAAGCACUUCCAAAUGUAAACUGAAAAAUACCUUUCCUGCAUUAGCACUGGUUUGAAUUUCCUGAUGUUGACUUUGUCAGAGGGAGAUUGUAGGUAAUCCGGGGCUUUAAACUUGGAUAUCUGUUGGCUGUCAAAACAGGUAAUGUGCUGAUUUUUUUUGUCUUUGUUCUUUAUAACUACAGCCAUCUCUAUUGAUUGCACACUAAUGUCGCAGCUUAGCUCUGCAAAUUAUACCAAAGUGUUUAUUGAGAAAUGAUUGCAUAAGCCACAUAUACAUUUAAUUACUGUAUGUAAUGUUUCAUUUGUAAAGCUUACAGUUUAUUUUUUGCCGAAACUGAGAUUCUGUUAAAUAAAGCUGUAAAGAUUG